CAGAGCCUCCUCAAGCACCGCUGCCUCCUCUCCAGGCUUCCUGCACUUCCUUUGCUGACAGGGUCCCAUCAGCCAGGCUGGGGGCAGGCUCAGCUGAUGUUACAAAGCACAAAGAUUUUUACAAAGGUUUCUUCAAAUCCCAAGAUGUUGUCUUGAGCUAAGAGGCUUUGGCUCUUUUUAUUCCAGAAUAAUGUAUCCAGGAUUUUACCCUGUCUGUUUCAAUGCAGCAAUAUUGUCUGCAGAACUUGUGAAGGUUCAAGCCACAGAGAGACAAAAUACUCCUCUCCCCCUGUUUCUCUUCUUUCUAGAUAUCACCUAGAAAAAAACUCAUCCCCUCUAAUGCUGCCCUUUCCUUUUGUCAUAACACCUUUUAUAAAUGGAGGGUGUGAUGCUCUACCACCAAACCCAAAAUGUUUUCCCUACUGGUUUUGUUCCACACAGCCCCCUUGGGUAGGUACCCCUAAAAGUUCCCUGUCUCCCUCACCCAAACCCCACAUCUCCUCAUGAGGGGAGGCAAGACCCUGGGCCCAUCAUCUCUGUCAGGUGUCCACACAGAUGCACAAAUGCAAGCCAAGAGCCACAGCCCCAGGGCUGAUUGCCUGUUUCUUAGGUAUGAAGUUUCCCCAUGAUCCUUAAAGCACAUGACUGUAACUCUGCUCACCCCCACACCCCUUUCCAGUGCUGUAUCACAUGUAUCUGUCCACGCUUCUGCCCUUGAGGAUCACAAAGCAAAAGUCCCUGCCUCAUGCAAGACUGGUGCUGCUGUCACCAAGCCACAGCUUUGUGGCUGGGCCUUGAGCCAGUAAGAGCAGUCACAGAAGCAGUUCUCCGGCAGGAAGCAGGGCAGUUGCUCCUCUGGCUGUCGGGCUCCUCCUCUGGAGUGGUGGAGAUGGCAGCGAACUUCGCCUGCAGCUUCACUGCACUUUGCUCUUUGGCACUCUGGAGCUUCACCAGGACUUCAGGUGGUACACUUGUUACACCAUCCCACUCAACCAUAAGACCUGGCUUCCCUGUCCCAGUGAACACCAACAACCCCGAGGUCCGCAAGGCCGCUCGCUUUGGGGUCUACAGGUACAACAACAGCUCCAAUGACCUCUUCCUGUUUAAGGAAUCACAGAUAAAGAAAGCCAUGGUACAGUCAGAGGGCUGAAGUACAUGCUUCACGUGGAAAUCAGGGAUCACCCCAGCCUGGACAGCUGUCACUUCCAGAGGGAAAAAAACCUGCAACAGGUAUGUGUUCAAUUUAUUUGGGGUGCCCAGGAACUACAGGGGAUUCUUGGUCAUCUCUAGCUGUAGAAUCCCUUUUAGACCAGCUCUGCCAUGUCUCCAUAUGUGCACAAGCCUCUCCUCUGCAGAGCCAGCUGGGGUGAGGCCAGGUUAUUGCCUUUCAUGCAUCCGGGGCCAGCUCCUGUCUGCAGGGAGCUGAACCAGACACAUCCACCCAGCCCAUAUUCCUGGGUGACUGAGGAGAGUGUGCAGAAAUAGAGUAGGUGCUAAAGAGAUUUCCUGGCUGGGAAACACUUUACACAGGCUUUCCCACUAGACAGGAUUACUUAGCAAACAGUACUUUUCCUAGGAUAAAGUGGGCAGGCAAAAGGAUGCUGUAUUCUCCUGCCCCAUCACAGCCUGCAAUGCUGAGAUCAACCAGCAGACACCUGAACUUUCUCACCUAUUCCCCUUUUAUUCACAGAUGCUGAGAUGAUAUUUUGAGGUCUGGAUAACACCCUGGACACACAAAGUGCAUAUCCCUGUUGCCCAAUGUCACCAAGACCUUUCCCCAUGAGAGCCUGACUUACAGAGGAUCUCCCACCAUGAGUUUUCCCUUGCCUGGACUGCUGAGGUCAAUACUGAAGUGGGGAACAGCUGUACAGAACUGCACAGAGCUUUUUUCUCAAACCACAUGGUUGUUUUCUUCCUUGAGAAAGAACCUCAAAAGACAAGGCCUGCCUUGGCUGAAUGUCUUGCUAUCCAGUUUUGUAUCUGUUUUUC